GAUUUAUUUUAUUCUUUACCACCCAAACUUGCCAGUCCAUUAAAAAAUUCCAUACUUUCGUCUUUUUUCUAACCUAAUUAAUAAUUUUAGCAUAAAGAUGAUUUCGAACAAUUUGAAAUUGAUUACAAUAUCUUCCUUGAUUUGCAUAAGUGUAUCUGUCCAGGCACAAACCUUCUCCCCGGGAAUUAUCAUAGAAGAAGAGACCGGUCAAGUAUUAUACGAAGGGACGGCCGGCAUUAUAUACUCGUUCCAAUCCCCAAUUUGGGAAAAUUUUCUAACUUUCCAAAUCUACGAUGCGAAAAAAGGACUCGCAAAUUGUAGAAAUAGUUCACAUUCCCAAUUUUGUGACAUUUUCGAUCAAUUUAUUUCAAUCUCAGGACAAAUUCAGGAUGCCGUGCAACCCGCCACAUUCCGCAUGGAGGAGACCACCAUGUCAUCCACGUGGGGACUUAAGUGCCACUAUUUGUCCCAGCAUUUCUCCAGCUUCCGGGUCGACUCGUCCAUAAUCAUGAAAUAUCUCGGAUUUCUGAGAAGCUGUCCAAACAUGGUUCUACUAGAGGAAGCUGUCAACACGGAGUAUGCAUCCCAUCCCAGUCUACAAUAUUUCCACGAUGCAAAAACCAUAUUUGAGCAAGACUUCUUCCCUUCCGGAUCUGGGGUUCACUUAAACUUUCUGGAUUCUCUCCUCUCCACCGGAUUUACUUCCUUCCUGUCUCAAUCGAUCCGAUGGUCGGGAGCAAUUUCACACUGUAAAUCCGGCCAUAUUCCGGACAGUCUCAUCACGCCGGAAAUGUUGCACCGCUCUCUCACCACUUUGGAUGGGAUGGCGGCCCAAAAUGGGUACAAAUUUGUCAUUUCACCCGACCCAGAAUUCAUUCCGGUCUACUUCAAGAACAAAUUUGCUGAUUGUACUUUCUCCGAGGGUAAACUGUACGUUCGGAUUCUAGUCCCGGUGGUGAAAAUGGACAGAAAUUGGAGCCAUAUUUCGGUAAAUCCGAUCCAAUUUUAUGACGGGGAUCAAGGUCGUCUCUAUCAAACUGGUGGGGAAACAGGGGGGCAAUAUUUUUACGAGUCGGGUUCUAAACGAUUAUUUCGAGCGGGUAGUUGUAAUAAAAAUCAACCAGAAUUUUGCCGCAUGCCAGAACUUUGGGAUCAAUCGGUCCUCAUAAAUGUGCCAAAUUGUGUUACGGAUGUUCUGCAAGGAUUUUCGCGAUCUGCGAAUUGUUCCGGGGAGUAUGCAAGCGAGGAAGUAGGAAGCCUUCCGCAUAUGCCGAUUGUCUCACGGCAAGGUUCGGAUACGUAUUAUUUGACAGAUUUUCCCUCAAAAAGUGUAAAAAUCACGUGCCAAGAACCCGAUGGGUCAGAGUUGAUCCAGAAUUUUCCAUUCCCAGAGGUGAAAGGCGUCUUGAAAAUUAUGCUUCCUUGUUUUUGUGUAAUUACGUCGGGAGAUAUUGAACUCUGGUCGAGUCCACCUUGUCAAGUUUUAAAUAGUAGGUUAAACGUGACGGAAGUGUGGCAUCAAGAUUUUGUGUAAUUAUUUAAGUAAAAUCGAAAUGUAAAUUAAAUAUUUAAGUAAAAUUCUAUUUGUUGAAAUUUAAUAAAUUUAUUGUAUGUAUAAUCUCA